CCGCCGCCGUCGUCGUCGUCGCUGCUGCUGCUGUCGCUGGCGUCGUCGUUGCCCCGACGUCGUCAUCGUUUUCUCUAUUUUCCUCAAUCGCUUUGCCUUUUCAUUUUCAAUUCGCAUAUUUUGCAAACUCUACUUUCAGUUAUUCGCCGAUAAUUGAUGUCAAAGGACGCAGUUGUGCUCCGCGUCCGCUGUUGUCGCCGCCAACGCCAACGCCGCCGACGCCGUCACCGCCUUCGCCUUCGCCAUCGCCUUUGCCUUUGCCUUUAUCGCCUCUCCAGCUGUAGAAGCAUAUCCUGUCGCCAUGCCCAAGGAGGAUCCGUUCGUGAAUCGCGCUCAGCUGCUGAAGGCCAUCAAGAAGUAUCCAGAAAUUUGGGACUCCAACAACAAGCUCCACUUGUGCCGCAGCGUCACAUCGCCCAUGUGGAACGAGAUCGCCGAACAGUUUGGCGGUCAUGUGCCUACAGUCAAACUGCAGUCGAUUUGGAGUCAAAUGAAGUAUCACUACCACAAUCUGGUGCAUCGCCAGAUCCUGCACAAGGAGCGCUUUAACACCAAGUGGGAGCACUUCGAGCCCAUGUCUUUUAUGUACAACAUAACGGUGGCUAAGAUUGUGGGCGCUCAGGCCAACUCGAGCAACUCUGAGGCGAGCUCACCCAACGAGGCCGCUCACCAGGUGGGCGGCUCCCCGCCCGUACUGCCACCGCCCCCCUUGCCGAGUGCUACGCAUGGACGCGGGCGUCCCAGCGGCAGCUUCAGCUGGCUGCAGCCCACAGUCGCAGCGCCGCCAGCAAUUGCACCACAACCCGCUGCCCCCCCAGCUGGCAUCUCCGCCUCGCCGGAGCUGCCUCAUCUCAUUGAGCAGCCGGCAGCGCAUGGCAUGACCUACACCGCCUUCACAGGACUUGUGCCGCCGGCUGCUGUCACCGUGGAGGCAACGACCACGCCCAUGCGCAAACUGGGCCGGCCCAGUUCGUUGCACAACAGCAUGCGCGGCCGCAUCAUCGAUGCCAUUAAGGCGCGCCCUUCCCUGUGGGCGGGGCGCCAGCGCAGCGAAAAGGGACAGGGCCAGAGCCGCACCUCCGCCGUCUGGAAGGAGGCGGCCAACGAGAUGGGUCUAACACCAACACUCAUGCAGACGCGCUGGUCGAUCAUCAAGCAGCGCUACGUGGACGAGCUGCAGAAGGAGCGGCACGCCCAGUAUGCGCAGCAGGGCUUCCGGUCGAAUUGGGAGCACUUCGAGCGCAUGUCCUUUAUGCGGGAGAUGCUGCUCCGGAAGGUGGACGAGCGGGAGCAGACGCGCGAGCACAUUCAGGAGAUGGUCAGCGAGCAGCAGCAGCACCAGCACCAGCAACAACAACAACAACAGCAGCAGCAGCCCCACUCCCUGGCCAUUGGCCACGUCCAGCCGCAGGCGCAUCCCCUGCAGCUCUACCGGCCGCCCGGGCUGGCCGAGCACUCGCAGGACUUGCCCAUCGGUCAGGUGCAGCAGCAACUGGCGCAGCAUGGCGCCCAUCUAAUGCAUUCGCAGCAUCUGCUUCAUCAUCAUCACAACAACAAUCAUCUUCAUCUACAUCACCAGGCGCCCGGGGCGGGACGACGACGUGUCAAGCACGAAUCGGAUCUGGAGUGGGAUCCCUUCGAGAUGAUUCUCCAUGUGCAGGGCAAUGGUGAACCGGCGGCCAACUAAAGCAAGACUGAGAGCAGCAGCAGUAGUAACACAGAGACAGAGAGAGUGGGAAAUAGCGAGUGAGUGAGUGAGAGAGAGAGAGAGACAUGUUAUAAUAUACAACAUAUAUAAUACGAGUAUAUAUCGUCAGAUGUAAAACUAACAGCAUUACAAUCCAAUUUGUAUUUCCAAUUUUUCACUUUUCAAUCAAAUAAAAACAUCACAUGAAACAAAA